AUGAAGCAAGUUAUAAAACCAAAGAGAGAAAGAGAAGGAGAGAUAGAAAUAGAGAGAGAGAGAGAGAGAGAUAAAGAGAGAGAUAAAGAGAGAAAGAGAGAUAGAAAGAGAGAUAAAGAGAGAAAGAGAGAUAGGGAGAUAGAUAGAGAGAGAGAGAGAUGCAGAGAUAGUGAGAGAUGCAGAGAGAGUGAGAGAGAUGCAGAGAGAGUAAAACCAUCUUCCAGCAAAGCAAAUAAAGCACCCAGUAUACCUCCAAAACAAAAAUCCACAAUGCCACCCAUAGUCAUAGAUGGUAAGACGGCCAACCAUACAGGACUUAUCAAUGACCUUAAAACUUUUGUCACGGGAGAAUUUAGUGUAAAACACACAAACUACACGACAAUUCUCUUCGUUGACAAAAAAGAAGAUUACGAUAGAGUGUUAACUACCAUCAAAGCCGACAAUAUUGCUUAUCAUACAUACACAUCGAAUAAUGACAAAUCACACGCAUUUGUGCUCAGGGGCAUAGCCGAGGGCACUAAGAUAAAGGACAUCAAAGAAAAUCUCGAUGACGAACACGAGAUCACGGCCCGAGAGAUAUACCAGAUGAAUACCAAGGAACGUCCCCUCUUCCUGGUAGUUACUGAUCCAGCGUUGACAUUGGAUUAUUUGAACAAGAACACAAAAAGAGUUCUCUACACAAGAGUUACAUGGGAGCUCAGAAAAUCAACCAAAUUAAUAAUUCAAUGUCAUAACUGCCAGCAGUGA